CUAACUUAAUACUGGAACGCGAUUGGCCGAUGAACGACGGAUGGUAGCACUGAAAAACAGACUGCAAAAAUCAUGCCUUAUCACUGAUUGCCCGCCGUCGUAUCAAAUAUAAAUUAUCGCGUCGAGCUAUAGCAUGUGAUUAUAUCGAUGUUAUUUAUUGCAAUUGAAACCUCUUUAAAUUAAUUGUCGAGAGGUGUGACGAAGAAGCAGGGAAAAACUUCUUUCGGUAGUUUGCCAUCCCGUGUAUAAUUUUUGCGUAAUUGCAACACAGCGCGAAAGAUAUAUCGAGCUUAUCAUUCGGUAAUUAUAUAAAUAGACGUCACACCGUACACACAGUGGAGACUGCAAACGAUUUUUCUUUUUACAACAAUGCCGAUCGACUACGCCGCAUUUGCGUACGCUGUCGCGGUGGCUGGUGGCGGAGUGUUAGGUUACGUGAAAUCGAGUUCCAUCCCCUCGUUGGCUGCGGGUCUUCUUUUUGGAUCAGUUCUAGGAUAUGGUGCUUACCAGACUUCCCAGGAUUCAACCAACGUUGCAGUUUUCUUAGGCACUAGCACGGCUCUUGGAGGUCUGAUGGGAUAUCGAUUUUACAACAGUGGAAAGAUAAUGCCAGCUGGAGUAAUCGCUAUACUAAGUGCUGUUAUGAUCGUAAGGACAGUCACGAAAUAUUUCUCACCACCCUUGAAGACUGAAUGAAUGUUGCGUGUUUAAGAUAUUGCAUUUAUUAAUUUUAGGUUUAUGGUACGAGGGGGAGGAACAAUGUAAUCAAAGAAUUUAUAGAAAUUAGUAAUAUAUUUAAUAAAUAUAUAUUAUUUUCAUUGGCAGA